AUGACCAUCUUACUGCCCUGUUGGCUAUUCCAGUUUCUGCUCAUUCUCUCCACCACCGGUCUCUUCUCAUGGCGCCUUGGAUUCACAGUCAACGACUACACGGAGGAGGAGGGAAGGGGUCAUAUACCAGGCGUAGAGCUUGUAUGGGAAAUUCUGAACAUAGCGCUGCCGGUCAUCUCGCUAGUCUUGACCAUUUAUGAAAUUAUAAGGCUCCUCGCGGAAACGCUGACGCCGUGGACCAUGCUUUUUACCCACGUUGUCAAGACCGUAUGCGCCUGCGUGAGCUUGGCUGCUGACAUCGUGAUGUAUCUGGAGAGGAACGACCGCCAUUACACAAUCGCUGGGUUGGCCCUUGAUGUCGUGCUACUUGUAAUCAUCCUUAUACCCGGCAUCUACUCGAUCCGGAUCUACCGCUGCCUCGCCGCCUUGGAUGACUACCAUCACCCUGCCAAUACGAAAGGGUUUGGGUACAAUGAUAUCGAACAACAGAAAUUGGCGGCCAACAAGCGACUAUCCAUCCGCAGUCUGAGCGAGCGAUCCCUGCGGCGUCUCUCCGCCUCCUCCUCGUCAGAUAACGCCACAGACCCCUCUGAUCCUGGGUCCGUGUCCCGAGUCUCGUCGUACUAUACCCAUGAGCGAGAUACACAGUUCGAAAAGUACAUGAUCGAGAGGGCCUGGGCCCGCGGAUUGGGUCACCAAAGCGAUGCUUCCCUAGACCGCAGGGCAAGCAGUUCGACAGACAGGUCGGUCGCCAGUUCGAACCUCGACGUCGUGGUAGGAGGUGGCAUGGUGUCGCACGGGAAGCCGGAGUGGGACAACCGAGGGAGAACACAAAGCUGGGAUUGCGGGCAUGUUCUGGUGGCCGUGCCCGAAGCGGACGAAGCACCAGGGGACAACACGGUUCAUACGGACGAGGGGGAGGAGGGUGACCGGGUGGCACUCUUAGGCGGUCAUAGAAGAACGGCUAGCAACGACACCAAAAGUGCGGGUGAGGAUAAUAGGGACGAUAGGGGCACGAUGCCUGGGGAGGAGCAGACAGGGUUAGGAAGUCCGGAUCUUGGGGCGCAGAAGCGGAAUAGAACGAUGUAA